CGCUCCCGCUUCAACGCCACCAGCGACAAGGCUCUGUUAGCUGAAGUCCUCGCCACGCCUCCAUUUGCUGCUGACCGUAAAACAGUAACAGGUGUGUGGAAGGGAGUGGCUAACCGACUAAACGCUACUCUGUCAGAAGCUUUUAGCUUUCGAGCGUGCAGGGACCGCACCAGUCUUCUCCUACGGAAGUAUGCAGUGCGGAAGGCGCGAAACGAAGCCGCUAGCGGCACCAGCGAGGUGCACACAGAGAACGAUGACAUCCUUGAGCAACUUCAGCAGCUCAAGAACGCAGUCGUGGCUGAACAGCAGGAAAAUAAGGCAAAAUCGACCUCUAAAACGCAGGAGCUGGAGACGGCAGGUCAACUCCUCAUGCAGGUAGCAGAAAAAAGGUAG